AUGUCCUACACAUACCCACUGCCUGAACUAAAGACGUACGGCAUAUCCGAGAAGACGGGGUUCUUACCUGAGGAGGUUCCACUCACAAGACUUCCAAGUUACUUUGAUUCCUGGGAGAAUACUGCUGCCGUAUUGCCUGCACUCUUGUUGACGAAGAGAAUCAGAGAGGUUAUUGAUAAAUUUGACAUACUUGAUGUGAGCAAGUUAGAGAAUGAAAGAGAAUAUAGAAGGGCAUACUCUAUUCUAGGAUAUCUAGGACAUGCAUAUAUAUGGGGGGUGGAUGAGCCCAUUAACAAAUUGCCAAUUCAGAUUGCAGAACCGUGGAUCAAGGUAUCUGAGCAUUUGAGGAUCCCUCCUAUUGCGACAUAUGCAGGCCUAUGUCUAUGGAACUGGCAAGAGCUCUUUCCCGUUGAACAUUAUGCUAAUGACGAAGGGUUUUUGGACAAUUUGAAAACCAUAACUACAUUCACCGGAUCAAUUGACGAAUCGUGGUUUUAUCUAGUUAGUGUCUAUUUUGAAUAUAAAGUAGCACCAUGCAUAAGAAUUGGACUUGACGCCAUUAGGGGUGCAAGAAAUGAUCAACCGGAGAAAGUGAUUGAAUGUUUAGAAGCUCUAGCCGAGAAAAUAGAUUACUUGGGUAGCUUGUUUAUGAAGAUGGAGGAGAUGUGUGAUCCGCAUGUUUUCUAUUUUAGAUUGAGGCCAUACUUGGCAGGUUGGAAAAACAUGAAGGGUGUUGGCUUAGAAGAUGGUGUAUAUUACGGCAGAGAGGACAAACCAAGGACCUACUGUGGUGGAUCGAAUGCACAAUCGUCAUCUAUUCAAAUGCUUGACUUAUUCUUGAAUGUUGAACAUCAUGCUACUGGUGAAAGUAAUAAGGAAGGGGGCAAUCCGUUUAUGUCAGAGAUGAGGAAGUACAUGCCCGGACCACAUGCUGAUUUUUUGGAACAUCUAAGCAAGGUGAAUGUUAUUCGUGAUUACGUUAUGAAGAAUGCAUCCAAGAACGAUGAGCUGGUGUUAGCGUAUGAUGCCUGUGUUGCAAUGUUGAAGGCCUUCAGAGAUAAACAUAUCAGACUGGUUACUCGAUAUAUCGUUAUUCAGGCACGCAAAGAAUCUGACUUGGGAUCGGCUAGUGUUCAAAAGAGCACACUACGUGCUGGCUUGGCGAAAGGUGGCAAGGACAAAGUUCUUAGAGGUACUGGGGGCACUGCACUCUUGCCGUUUUUGAAGCAAUGUAGAGACGAGACAGGUAAUACUGCAGCUGGCAGCUGGGGUAAGAGAAUCCUGUCAGUACAAGAGAAGGGUGAAGCUGAGGCAAGUAAGAGGGUGAGGAGAAACUAA